AUCUCCAUGGGCCCCACCUCGGGUUUUGUGGAUCGUCUUGGAUGAUACGUAGCUUCCUUGCGUUACGUCCUUCUUCAAUUUCCCAAAACGACGCGUUUCAUUUCUGUCUUCUCCUCCAAGUCGUGGAGCUUUCUUCGUCUCACGACGUCGUUUCAUGGCUCUUCAGGUACUCGGCUGCACGAGUCGCCGCCCCAUCCACAUCUCCCUCCACCGACGGUGCUCCAUUAUCGCCACCAGUGACAUCAAAAGGAAGAAUCUCCGAUUCAAACCGAAACAAUCAUUUUCUCUUCAAUUCUCCAUUAGAAAACACCGGUUAUCUCCGGUUAACUGCUCGACGGUGAAUGGAGCAGCAGUGGGAAGCUCGGAGUAUUACCAAGGAGAAGGAGACUCCGUUUCGUUUCCGGAGAGAAUCCGGCACUUUGUUGGCUUCCUCCGGUCGAUAUUGCCAGGCGGAAGCUGGUGGAGAUUCUCGGAAGAAGUCGAUAGUAGGUUCGUAGCGGAGCCGGUGACUGUGUGGCGUGCGCUAACUCGGAUCUGGGAGCUUGUGGCUGAGGAUCGGUGGGUUAUCUUCGCUGCGUUUUCCACUCUCAUCGUUGCUGCGCUUUCAGAGAUAUCUAUUCCACAUUUCUUGACGGCUUCGAUAUUCUCGGCUCAAAGUGGUGAUAUCACUGUGUUUCAUCGGAAUGUCAAGCUCUUGAUUGUGCUUUGUGUUACUUCAGGCAUUUGCAGUGGCAUACGAGGAUGCUUCUUUGGGAUUGCUAACAUGAUACUUGUGAAACGAAUGAGGGAAACGCUAUACUCCACUCUUCUCCUCCAGGAUAUAUCCUUUUUCGACUCUCAAACUGUUGGUGACUUAACAAGCAGACUAGGGUCGGACUGUCAGCAAGUCUCGAGGGUCAUUGGAAAUGAUCUGAACAUGAUAUUUCGCAAUGUUCUUCAGGGUACAGGGGCUUUAGUUUAUUUGUUGAUCCUGUCCUGGCCCCUUGGUGUCUGCACAUUGGUGAUUUGUUGUACUUUGGCAGCGGUUAUGUUUGUUUACGGGAUGUACCAAAAGAAGACAGCGAAGCUAAUUCAGGAGAUCACAGCUUCUGCAAAUGAAGUCGCUCAAGAGACAUACUCUUUGAUGAGAACUGUUCGUGUAUAUGGGACUGAGAAGCAAGAGCUUAAAAGGUAUAAUCACUGGCUUCAGAAAAUGGCCGAUGUAAGUUUGAGACAGAGUGCUGCAUAUGGUAUUUGGAAUUGGAGCUUCAACACUUUAUACCACGCCACUCAGAUUAUUGCUGUAUUGGUUGGAGGAGUGUCUAUCUUAGCCGGUCAAAUAACAGCAGAAAAGCUGACAAAGUUUCUGUUAUAUAGUGAAUGGUUAAUCUAUGCAACAUGGUGGGUAGGAGAUAAUUUAUCGAAUUUGAUGCAAUCAGUUGGAGCGAGUGAAAAGGUCUUCCAAAUGAUGGAUCUCAGGCCAAGUGAUCAAUUCAUAUCCAAAGGAACGAGACUGCAGAGACUGACAGGACAUAUCGAGUUUGUAAAUGUGUCGUUCUCCUACCCUUCAAGAGAAGAGGUGGCAGUGCUUCAAAACUUGAGCAUUUCUGUGCGUCCUGGGGAAGUGGUAGCAAUCGUUGGUCUAAGUGGCAGUGGCAAAAGCACAGUGGUUAGUCUUUUGCUGCAACUGUACGAACCAAAAAGCGGCCAGAUUCUACUGGAUGGGGUUCCUUUGCAAGAUUUGGAUGUCAAGUGGCUAAGGCAAAGAAUCGGAUACGUGGGGCAGGAACCAAAACUCUUCCGCACAGACAUCGGUUCCAACAUCAAGUACGGAUGUGAUCGGAAUGUAACGCAAGAAGAUAUAGUAUGGGCUGCAAAACAAGCCUAUGCACAUGACUUCAUCACAGCGCUUCCCAAUGGGUACAACACAAUUGUUGAUGAUGAUUUACUCAGUGGAGGGCAGAAACAGCGGAUUGCCAUUGCUCGUGCCAUCCUUAGAGAUCCUAAAAUACUCAUCCUAGAUGAAGCCACAAGUGCACUUGAUGCAGAGAGCGAACACAACGUUAAGGGAGUACUUCGUUCUAUCGGAAGCGACACAGCAACAAAGAGAAGUGUCAUAGUGAUAGCACACAGACUUUCUACAAUUAAAGCUGCGGAUAGAAUAGUGGCUAUGGACAGUGGACGAGUCGUUGAGAUGGGCAAUCACGAAGAGCUUAUGAGCAAAGAUGGGUUAUACGCGAGAUUGACUAAGAGACAAGCCGAUGCUGUUGUAUGAUUGAUCAUCAUCUAAGCUUACACAUGCAAUACAGUUCAUGAAUAGUGUCAUGAUUAAUGUUUUUGAUGGUCAUGAAGAAAUGUAAUGAUAGAAAAUUGUGUAAAAAGGUGCAACAACUAUAGAUCAUUCUUAACUUCAUAGUUCAUACUACUGGUUCAC